CUUUGGAGAAGAAAAAUGUUUCUUCUCCGAUUUCGCCGAGACGAUUAAAAUCUCAAAAGACGCACUUCUCGAAUUCGAGUGAUCAUCUUCGUCGUGAGAACCUGCUCAGUCUUCUUCUUUUAAUGGCGAUCUAUCAUUCUCCUCCAAAGCAACUGAAUAAGAAGAAGAACGAAACUCCGAAGCAAGUCUUCUACAAGACGAAGGAGAUUGUGUAUCGAGGACGAUCGAAGCGUAUCAUACUCCAAGACAAGAACGGACCAUGUCCUCUCAUUUCCAUUUGUAAUGUUCUUAUCUUGAGAGAAGAAAUGAAUCUAGUUCUUGGCAUUGUUGAUGUAUCUCAAGAUGAUUUGCUGAAUCAUGUGGCCGACGUACUCUGUGAAAGAAAUGAUUAUGAGUGUAUUGAUGUUGAGCUCCUCAGACGCCUUGCUUAUGGAAUAAAUGUCGAUAUUAAAUUCGAGAGCAUUAAGGAUUUCGUGGUUACACCUGAGCUUGCUUUAUUUGCAACACUUGGUAUUCCUUUGUAUCAUGGAUGGAUAGUUGAUCCUCAGGAUUCGGAAAUCGCUACUGCUAUUGGAGGCAGAACUUAUGAUGCUUUAAUGACUGAGCUUACUGCCUUGGAUACACAGACUGUUAAGGCUCCAAGCUGUAAAAGUAGUGAGAAAUGCUCUGUUGAUUUUCCUGUGUCGGGUACUGCGUCUGCAGAGCAUGGUAGAUUGGGAAAGGGAGAUAUUGAAGAAGAAGAAGCCUUGUUAAGAGCCUUGACAUUAUCUGAAAAGGAAGCGCCUGGUUUUGAUACUCACAGAGACUCAAAUGAAGCAGAGGAGGCUGUGUCUAAAUCCUCAGAUGUAAAUGGGCUCACGCAAAAAGAGGGUGAAGUGAUCAAAACAUUCUUGAAAGAUAAUGCCAGUCAGUUAACAUGGGAUGGGCUCUUUAACUUGGAAGAUGAGCUUAACGAAGAUGAACUUUGUGUCUUGUACCGCAACGAUCACUUCUCUACCAUGAUAAAGCAUGGUGAAAAACUCUUUACUUUGGUUUCUGAUCAAGGCUAUCUGAUGGAGCAAGACUUGGUUUGGGAGAGAUUAAGUCAGAUCAAUGGCGACUCUGUCUUCAUGACUGGUAACUUCUAUGUCUUCAACCGUGACAGUUGCACAAGCCGAAAAUGGGAUCAACAUCACGCAAUUACUAAAACUGAGAAUGUUAUCCCCGGAAUCAACAGUGAAGACAGUGAUGAUAAUGAUCUGGAUCUUCAAGUGGCGAAGGAGUUGCAGCGUCAAAUUUGGGCUGCAGAGACUGGAUCAGAGGUACCAAUAAUUUCCCUCAAGCACAUAUCUUCUUCAAUACAAAGAUGGAAAGAAUUCCUAAUAUGGCAAAUGGACAAUCCUGUAAUAUAUCUCAUGAAGCAUUGUCCCCUUACCACUUCUGCCUAUGUCUUUCUUCUUUCUUUAUCUUACUAACGUUUUUUUUUCUUA